AUGGGCGGCUAUAUUUCAAAGUUCUCGGGGUUAAUUUGGGCGAAGAAGGAGACUAGGAUACUGAUUCUUGGGCUUGAUAACGCUGGCAAGACAACACUGUUGUACAGACUGAAGAUUGGCGAAGUAGUUACGACAAUACCAACAAUAGGGUUCAAUGUCGAAUCGGUGACAUACAAGAAUCUCAACUUCAAUGUUUGGGAUCUUGGAGGCCAGACUUCGAUUCGUCCAUACUGGCGUUGCUACUACGCCAACACAGCCGCUGUAAUAUUCGUCAUUGAUAGCACCGAUAUCGAUCGUUUGUCAACCGCCUCGGAGGAACUGUCUGCCAUGCUGAACGAAGAGGAACUACGAGACGCCGCCCUGCUCGUCUUCGCGAACAAACAAGAUCAACCUGGCGCAAAGGGUGCUGGCGAGAUUAGCGAGGCAUUGAGGCUAGGCGAACUGAAGGAUCGCAACUGGAGUAUUGUUGCAUGUAGUGCGGUCGAUGGUCGUGGUGUGGACGAGGGCAUGGAUUGGCUUGUGUCGAAUGUGAACAAUGAUAACUAG